UCUCACCUGGCCAUCGUGCAGAAGGUGAAUAAUGAGGGUGAAGGAGAUCCGUUCUAUGAGGUUCUGGGUUUGGUGACGCUGGAGGACGUGAUCGAGGAGAUCAUCAAGUCGGAGAUCCUGGACGAGUCUGACCUCUACACCGACAACCGGAACAGAAAGAAAGUGGAUCCCAACAAGAACAAGAGGGACUUCUCUGCCUUCAAACACGAGAGAGAAUCUAAAGUCAAGAUAUCCCCGCAGCUGAUGCUAGCAGCGCACCGAUUCCUCGCUACAGAGGUCAGCGCUUUCAGUCCGCUCCAGAUCUCGGAUAAAGUGCUUCUGCGAAUCCUCAAACACCCGGACGUCAUUCAGGAGAUCAAGUUCAACGACAACGACAAACGCUCGCAACACCACUAUCUGUACCAGCGCGGGAAACACGUCGACUUCUUCGUCCUCAUCCUUCAGGGUCGUGUGGAGGUCGAGGCCGGUAAUGAGAACAUGCGGUUUGAGACGGGACCUUUCUCUUAUUAUGGAGUGAUGGCGCUGAGUGCGCCGAGCCUGGCCGUGUGUGUGGCGUCUCCUCCUCGUCCUCGACGUCUUUCGCUAAAGAGGUUUUCUCUGUUCACGCGUUUCCCAGAGUUGCGCUCCCCGUCUCAUCUGAGUGUGCUGAACCGCUCUGCGUCUCUGAGCUGUACGGAGCGAGUGGACUCCAGCGUCUCCAUCAGCGGCAGCAGCUCUCAGAUCUACAGCUCCGCCCCCGCGCCCCAGUACACACCUGACUUCAACGUGCGCGCGCUCACUGACCUGCAGUACGCCAAGAUCACUCGCUCUCAGUACCAGAACGGCCUGUUGGCUUCAAGGCUGGACAGCACACCUCAGUCUCCGGAGAGCAGCCACACCCACCUAGACCAUGCCUCUGACUCCGCCCAGCCACCACCUCUGACUCCGCCCACCAGCACCAAUCACAGCACAGCGACGCCCCGAGAUGGCCGGCUGGACGAGAACACCUCACUGCUGAACGACAGGAACAGCCUGACCAAACGCCGCUCUAGCCACGCCCACCCACACCUCAACACCAAUCACAACUGCAGCUCUAGCCCCGCCCCCCGUCCCCACAGCAACAGCAGCCCCACGCCCCGCCCACAUGCUCAUACGUUUACACACGCACACACCGAGAGCACCAUCUGACAACACUGACCUGGGGCCCGGGGCUUCACAGCUGCAUAUGGGUACAACACUGACCUGGGGCCCGGGGCCUCACAGGCGCAUAUGGGUACAACACUGACCUGGGGCCUGGAGCCUCACAGCUGCAUAUGGGUGCAACACUGACUUGGGGCCCGGGGCUUCACAUGUAAACGACUAAAACACUGACCUGGGGCCCGGAGCCUCAUGGAUGCAUACCAACAAUAGUGUCUGAUGACACUGACCUGGGGCCCGGGGCCUUGUCCACACACUUAUAGAGUAUCACCUAAUAGCAAUGACCCGGGACCCCAACUGUGCACAACCAUGAGUACUUUCUGAUGACAUUGAUUUGGGACCUGGGGCCUCCCGGAUGCUAGGGGCCCUGUCAGUACACAUCAAUAGUACAUCUGAUGAGAUUUACCUGGGGCCCGGGGCCUCACUAGUACAAAACAAGAGCACUUUCUGAUGACACUGACCUGGGGCCUAGGGCCUCACAAGCACAUAUCAAGAGUACCAUCUGAUGAUUUGGGGCCCGGGGCCUCACAAGUGCAUAGCAAGGGUACUGUCUGAUGAUCUAGGGCCCGGGGCCUAACAAGCACAUAUGAAGAGUACCGUCUGAUGAUCUGGGGCCCGGGGCCUCACUAGUGCAUAACAAGAGUACUGUUUGAUGUUCUGGGGCCCGGGGCCUCACUAGUGCAUAGCAAGGGUACUGUCUGAUGAUCUAGGGCCCGGGGCCUCACAAGCACAUAUCGAGAGUACCGUCUGAUGAUCUGGGGCCCGGGGCCUCACUAGUGCAUAGCAAGAGUACUGUUUGAUAAUCUGGGGCCCGGGGCCUCACUAGUGCAUAGCAAGGGUACUGUCUGAUGAUCUAGGGCCCGGGGCCUCACAAGCACAUAUCGAGAGUACCGUCUGAUGAUCUGGGGCCCGGGGCCUCACUAGUGCAUAGCAAGAGUACUGUUUGAUAAUCUGGGGCCCGGGGCCUCACUAGUGCAUAGCAAGAGUACUGUUUGAUAAUCUGGGGCCCGGGGCCUCACUAGUGCAUAGCAAGAGUACUGUUUGAUGAUCUGGGGUCCGGGGCCUCACAAGAGCAUACCAAAAGCACUGUCUGAAGAUCUGGGGCCCGGGGCCUCACUAGCAAAUUCCAAGAGGACAAUCAGAUGAUGCUGAUGUGGGGCCCGGAGCCUUCCAAUGCACAACAACAGUAUCAUCUGAUGACACUGACCUGGGGCCCGGUGUGCACACUUAGAGCACAAUCUGACCAGCCAGGCCCCGGGGCCUCUCCAGCUCACACACUCUUCCUCAGACUCAGCUGGACUCCACACGUGUGUGUGUGUGUGUUCACUGUGAGCCCAGGGGCCGCGGGUUCGGCCGGAUGUGGAUCAGACUGUUCUGUUGAUGAUCUUCAGUGUUUUUUCUGUCCCGUACGCACCUUUACAGCGCCUGCUGUCCUCUGAGCACUUUGAGUCUCAUAAGCUAUUUCUGCCGGGGUUUUCCUGUCGUGUCUGUCUGCAGGAUUUCCCAAGUGCUGUUAGUCAAGCGUGACGCGGCUGCGUGUGAUGAAACCAAAGCGCUGCACGAAGGGAAGCUUUGUAAAUAUAAUGUGGAGACACGGAAUCUGCUGACGCAAACAAGCUGCGGUCACCAUCGACUCACAGAUGUGUAGCAAAAAACAUUGUAAAAGCCGGACCUGUGAUGUAUAUAUAUUAAUGAUGUUAUUUAUUUGAACAUUAUUUAUUUUUUCUCUAAUUUAAUGCGUUUUAUCAACAAUCUUUUUGUUGUUGACAGCUGCAAUUUAAUUCACCAAAACAAGCAAACUGUUAUUUAUUCAUCAAAAUCGCGCCUGAACCGCUCCGUUUUUCAGCUUGUUGUUUCAAGUUUUAUGUAAUUCUCCUUAAUCAGCAGUAGCACUAUUACACAUCAAAUAUUACCAAAACACAUAAAUAAUUUAGUAUAAAACUUAUUUUCACUUCUAAUUAAUUAAAUAAUUGAUAAAAUUACAAAGAUAAUAAUAUAUUUAAUAAUAAUAUUUAAAAAUAGUCCUCCUUUAUUUAGAUUUUCUUUUUAAAAUAAUGUUAAUUUGCAUUAAAUUAAGCACAUUUUUCUCAUUAAUACACAUUUCUGCAAAUGUUUUUCGUUUGUUUAUCUGCAGUUUGUAUCUCCAGAUAAAAAGACAUUUCUUUGAACAAAAUAAGAAAUACUAAUUCCUUUUUGCAUAUAAAAUAAAUAAAUAAAAUAUAUGUAAAGCAAAAACCCAGCAAAACCAAACCCAAGAUGUAUUAAAUAUAGGACGGCAUAUGAUUAAUUAUUGGAAGAUUUAAAUAUUUAUUUUUUUGUCUGAAUUAUUAUGCAUCUUUGAUCAUCUUUCCUGUUGACUACUGCACCCACAAAUGAGUUAUAUUUUACAUCAAAAUAUGUUAUUAUUAUUAUUAUAAAUAAUAUAUAGCUGUAUUAAGGGUUUUUGCAUGACAUUGCUUAUUAUUUUAAUGGCCAUUAAGCAGAUUGACCAUAUUAUAAUGUUCACUUUACACUGAGCAUUGAUUUUAUAAGCAUACAUCUAAUUCAUCCCUGAGACUUUCAUUACUUUACUAAAAUUCUUUAUAACCCUGAACAACAAAUACCACCAUUAAUAAGAUAAUAUUAGAAUAUUUGU